UCACUGCACCAGGGCUGAGGGACUCUCCAUCCCCUCGCUUCUCUCGCUGCAGAUUUAACUCAUUUCCAUCAGCGCAGUCAUCCCCCCCUUUUUUUGCCUUUCAUUUUUACUUGCUGCUUUGGACAGAUGCAUUGCAUUCAUAUCCUUCAGUGUGCCAGGAUCUGAGGAAUUAUUAAUUAAAAACGUGUUGUUGUUUUUUCCUGUUCAUCUAAAAUAAAAGAGACCAUUUUCAAAAAAAGACCGGGACUCCGACUGGGACUUUUCUUCUCUUUAUGCUGCGAGAGCGGAUUCCCUUUUGUUGUACCGUCAGUGUUUUGUUCAGGCGACAGCUGUACUGACAGAAGAGUUGGAUAGGACCCCCUCCACAACACUUGAAAGGACUAAGGCAACUUGGAAAAUCUGCGGCUGCAUUAAGCACUUGAGGACAAGGUCCCGAGCCCUUCUAGGUGCUGCCAGAUUUUCAAGAAUACCACAAUGAAAAUGGAAGUGUCGGGUAAAUAAGCCGACUGUCGAUUCAUUCCCAAACCCCUCUCUGCAAGUGUCUGCGACAGGAUUGCUGUGGAGUCAAAGUGAUUGGAGCGCUGAGUUAUUCAGGUGGCCUCUCAUUUCUCCUGGAAAGUCCUCGCGUCUGCCUGCAUGGGAGUCUGACAUCAAACACUCAUCAGCCGCUCGACUCUUACGUUGGUUUGUCUUUUUCACAACUUGCAGUCCAGAACACUGAGAGGCAAGUUUGCACAUUUGGAUUUAAACUUCACAUUGUUGGCAGAAGUCAUCUGGACGUUGGGAUGCUUUACCUCAUGCUGCCUAGGGAUGCCUUGUAAACACAUUUCCCCUCACCACUGUGUGUGCUGAGAGAGCUGUGACAUUAUCUCCUGCGGAGAUCCCCGUGUUGUUCUAGCCCGUGUCUGUGUUUUGAUUCAGACAAUAGCUGGGCAUACACGGGCUCCAGACACUGGCCGGAGGACCACCAAAAUAAGGGAAGCCUGCGGUUACAUAGUAAACACUCUGGCACACAGUGAAACUUUGGAUUGUAAUAAAGAAAUGAAUUUAAUUAUACAUCGCUGAUGCUUUAAUUAAACAUAGCGAUCACCUAAAAUGUGUUUUGGAGCCACAGCGGCACCCAGAAAAUCUCAGCUGGUCUUAAGGAGUGAAAUAGAAAUGCUCCAUUAUUGUUGGGGCUCUUUAGUGAAUCGAGUGGAGCUUUGGACUUCGUGCUUUAACCUUGUGUGAUUUCCUCCCUCGCAUCAUCUUUGCUCUCUGCCCUUGCGAGGACAUCUCCUGCCCUCAGCCUCCUGGUGGCAACUCUCAUUUAAAUCAGACGAUGAGGCCACCGACUGCAAGGCAGAGCGGCAAGUGAGCUCACCGCUGGGAUACGUGCUGGCCGAAGCUUUAGGUUUACUGAAGGAAUGCACUUUCUUCGUGCUACUGACCGCUGCCCACCCACUACUUUCACUGACCAUGCAUCAUUGGAAAGGAGAGCCGAACGGGUUGUCCUACGCUGCUGGCGGCUGCAUUGAUUUUCCUCCAGUCUGCGUUCAUUUGAUCGAGACCGAGCAGCGAUAUGAGAGUAAGGCGAACGAAAGCGUGGGCACGCUAGGGAGCAUGUUCAGCUCUGUGAACUGAGAUUGGCUGCAGACGCCUGGCGAAAAACAGGAGGGCGACAGGAGAAUCUCCAGUUUCGGCCCAGCUGCCUUUAUGGGUGACACGCCGCAGUCCUGACCCACCUGGACGGCACCCAGAACAAUGAACCAGUCUGAACUGACAACAGACCCUUCCAUCACUGCCAACGUCAGCCAUGGAGACUUCGUUCCUGGCAGGGCCUCGAACCACUCCUGUCCCUUGGGCUGGGGGCUGAAUGGAGGCCUGGAUGCUUGCAUUCUGGAGACCGCCGUCAUCGUGCUGCUAACUGUACUAAUUAUUGCUGGGAACUUGACGGUGAUCUUUGUGUUCCACUGUGCCCCUCUGCUGCACCACUACACCACCAGCUACUUCAUCCAGACCAUGGCCUACGCCGAUCUGCUGGUGGGGCUCAGCUGCUUGGUGCCCACCCUGUCGUUACUCCACUACCCAACCAGUGUCCAGGAGCCAGUCACAUGCCAAGUUUUCAGCUAUGUCAUCUCUGUUCUGAAGAGUGUUUCAAUGGCCUGCUUGGCCUGUAUCAGCGUGGACCGGUACCUGGCUAUAACAAAGCCGCUGUCCUACAACCAGCUGGUGACUCCGUGCCGUCUGCGAGGCUGCAUCACUCUCAUCUGGGUCUAUUCCAGCCUGAUUUUCUCCCCCUCCUUCUUUGGUUGGGGUAAGCCGGGCUAUCACGGGGAUAUUUUCGAGUGGUGCGCACACUCUUGGCCCACCUCCGCCCUCUUCACAGGCUUCGUGGUGUGCUUGCUCUAUGCGCCUGCUGCCCUUGUGGUCUGCUUUACCUAUUACCACAUCUUCCGCAUUUGUCAGCAACACAACAGGGAGAUCAGCGAACGACGUGCACGUUUCCCCAGCCAGGAGAUGGAGGCCGGUGAAGGGAAUGGUGGCGGGCAUCACGGGGGGCACGGGCCGGAUCGGCGCUACGCGAUGGUACUCUUUCGCAUUACCAGUGUUUUCUAUAUGCUUUGGCUGCCCUACAUAAUCUACUUUCUUCUAGAAAGCUCCCACGUGCUGGACAGCCCUGCCCUCUCCUUCAUAACAACUUGGCUGGCCAUUAGCAACAGCUUUUGCAACUGUGUCAUCUACAGCCUGUCUAAUAGUGUGUUCCGGCUGGGCAUGCGCAGGCUCUCGCAGACCAUUUGCUCCUUCAGCCACUGUGCUGCAGAUGACCGGGACUUUGGCGAGCCUAAACCAAGAAAGAGGGCAAACUCGUGCUCCAUCUGAAGCCACGUCUCCCACAGGAUGAGGAAAUAAGAAUCCCAGCAUGCUUAGCAGCUAGUUAACUCGUAGUUAAAUUGGCAGGGCUCAGUGGGUAACUGUAUCAACCUUUUUAGCUGAUAACUGUGACAUUAUCCUGGGCACUGGUAAUUGCAUUAAAACCCUUUCAAGGAGAUGACUGCAGCAUCUAAACUGAGAUUUCAAGCGAAACGGGCGCUCUGCGGUGGCUUUUACUCUACAUUACAGCGAAGGCUCUCUUAGCCUUUACAUCUCUGUGCACAUCAUCGAUGAGAUCGGAUCUACCGGAGAGACAAAACUGUAAAUGCCAAAACAUUCAUAGAUAUCUCCUCACAAAUCAAAUGUGACCGUUUCAUGUCUGUUAACCUUUGCUAGUGGUUGUGAUUCAGAGCAACCGUCUAAUGGAUGUCUUCAUGCUCUUUGUGUGUGUCAUCAGUAGAUACAGUGUAAUCUACAGUUGUGCUCACAGACCUGUUUAAAGGUUCUAAGUGGACGUUUCCAUAUCAAUGUUACACGUACGACAGUGACAGCAGCCGGUGUGCUGCUGUGACAAAUACGACGGAAAAUGGCUUUGACUGUUUUUAAGAAGUGAGCAGGUGGAGUCAGUUAUGUCAGGUGUUCUGCCCCCCCUUGAUUGGGUGAUCGGUUACAGCUGAGAUUUAAGCUAAAGAUUUUACGACAUGAAUAAGUGCUGCUAAUCUUAGAAAGUAAACUUAAUGUAAUUCUGUUCUGACAGUAUGCAGAUCAUAUCUCAUAUACCAAGGGGCUGUGCAGCUUUAGCACUAAAGCCUUUAAAUGAACAAAAUUGCUUAACACAGUUAUUUAUUGCUGGUCAUCAAAUGUCCAUCAGUUCAGGUGCUGCUGUGAUUGGGCCUGUACGAGAUUGUUAAACAACUUUAAUUUGACCUGAAUAUCAUCAGCUGAUUCGUGCUCCUCCCACUGCAAAGCACCUUAUUUCCAAACUGGAACAAAGCAUAUGUCAGGCUAAGCAUAGAUUCAUGCUAUGACGCUUAACUGAAGUCAGUGAAAUAGUGCAAGGUCUCCCUCUGUGCUUUGUAUUCCACAAGCAUCAGAAAUCCCCCCCAUUGAUUCAGCGUUCCUGACGUUCCCAUUAUGAGUGUUCAGUCAGUUUGAUGCAUGACUUCAUGAUUUUGAACCAGCCAAUAAAUAUCUUUUCUUUAUACAAAUGACAGCUGGAUUGUGAACACAGAUGAAGAUGCAGUAUAAGUGUCACUGUCCAGAUCUUUUCUUCUACAUGAGCUGCUGUGAGGAUGCAGAUGUUUUACUGUUGAAUGUGGCUUUGAACCCACUAACAUUCACUCUGGUGCGGGGCCUCAGAUGUCACAAGUUUCUUGUGCUUUGAGUGGCUCACGUGAAGGAUAGUAUUGAGAUGACAGGGGCUGGGAUUAAUGUGACCUGAUCUGUUUGUUAACAAAUGACAGGGUAAACGUUUAAGGCUAUUGGUUGUUUACCUCGUCUUUGUUCGUUGAACUGGUCAUCUGGCGGUGCGCUUUAUUUUUGCCUCGUCUUUUAUUUCUCCCAGUUCUGAAAUAGACGUGAAAAUCUAUAUAACUACAUAACAGACUGACUCCCACUUUACCACAGCACAGUAGGGUAGGCAUUCCACUCUGUAUAAAAUGCAUUUUAUACAAACGAGAAAAUGAAUUUCACAUUAAUACAGCAGCAGUCUUUAGCCAAAUUACCAUUUGGCUCCUGUAGUGGUGUCAGCAGUUUGUGGUUUAGGCCCUGUAGUGCAUAACGGCCACGCGGGAAACCAGGAGACACAGCAAACCCAGCUCCCAGAUACUGUAACUGUCCGAUCUACUGCUGCGGGACACUUUGUGUAGGCCAGCGGUGUCCAGCUCCAGGCCUCAAGGUGUCCUGCAGGCUUUAGAUGUCCUUGAUCCAACACAGCUGAUUU